AAAGGAUAAUUACAACCCACCUUAGGGCACUUGAACGAAUAAACCACAUUUCAUAAUAGGACCCACUCUACCUAGACUGACCCAAUUGGACCUAACUUCCGACAUGCGCGAACGCCGGUGUACUCGCCACGCCGAUUCUUCGGAGUCGGAGAUCGAUUCCGAAUCGGAAACCAUGCAGUGCAUAUCAUGCAGGGAGGAAUACGGGACACGUGACGCGGGCACGUGCAAGGAAUGUUACGAGGAGGCCAGCGAGACCGAGGAGGAGCUCAAGCGAGAGAUCGACGAUCUUAAGGCUAAAGUUGCUUUUUUAAGAUUUUGGUCUCCGCUUGAUCAUCAUGCUAGGUCUCACAAUGGACCUUGUUACACCGACGUCGUUUUGGUCGCCACCACCGAGGAUGGUUCCUCUGGCCUCUCCGUUCCAGUCCCUGCCCAUAAAGCCGUUUUGGUGAGCCGUUCUCCAGUGUUCAAAGCCAUGCUAGAGAAUGAAAUGGAGGAAAGCCGGAGUGGCACUAUAAAGAUCAGUGAUGUGACUUAUGAUGCACUUCGUGCAUUUGUCAGCUAUUUGUACACUGCAGAAGCAUGCCUUGAUGAGCAAAUGGCCUGUGACCUUCUAGAACUGGCUGAAAAAUACCAGGUGAAGCACCUUAAAGCAUACUGUGAGAAGUUCCUGCUAUCCAAGUUAAAUUGGGACAAUUCAGUCAUGAGCUAUGCCUUUGCACACCAGCAUAAUGCUAAACAACUGCUUGAUGCAUCUUUGUCAUUGAUCACUGACAACAUGGACAAGUUCACCAAACGGGAGGAGUACAAAGAACUUGUUGAAAAGGACCCCCACCUUGUGGUGGAGAUCUAUGAAGCUUACCUCUCCAAACAGGUGAAUACUGCUGCCCAUAAGGAUUCUUCCAUGAAGUAAUAACUGAGUACAGUUUUCUUCCUGUUCUGAUCUGAAAACAGAGAGGGAUAAAAUAUGAGUCACUGAUCAUUGUUUUUUGUUUAUGAAGUCUCUGGAUGUGGAUGGAGAGUAUAUGAACAAACUAAAAUAUUUGUUGGUUGGAAAGUUCUGUAGUAGUUUUCGUCUAUAUUGAAGGGCAUGCCAAAGUUUUCUCAAAGAUGUGAGAUACUGGUGGCAAAACUUGAAAUUGUAAUAUGUUGUGGAGUUAUGGAAAUCAUCUAGUGUUAUCUGUA